UGCUAUUCUACAAUGUAAUUCUUAAACCAAACAAUCACAUCAUUUAAAUCUCAAAGCUAUGAGAUAAUCCAUGAUUAAUUCAAAACAAUGUGAAUAAAUAAUUCUUACAUUUGACAGAGUAAUCUGAAAGUGAAAGAGUUAAUAUCAUGGCAUUUUUCAAUUCUUUAUCUGCUUCCAGGAGCUGUAAACCAAAUGGUCUGCUGGCAAGCAUCAGUUCAGCGGCAACUUCUCCGAAACAGAAUGGCAAAUCAAGUUCUAGUCCCUGUCCAAAAAGUGGUCGCAAUCGAAGCCGUUCACUGUCAUAUUCGUCGACCGAGCGAGCGAAGAAGGGUGGCUCACCUACCCAGCACAAGUACACAAAGCCCAGAUAUUCGUCAGACAGCUCACGAAGUCCGUCACCCGUUGCUCACAAGACGUCGUCGCGCACCUACCGCUCGAGUCAGUCCAAGUCUGGCAGCAAGUCACCACGGCGUCGGCAACAGCGGUCGCGCAGCCGUAGUCGCUCCAGAUCGUUUUCUCGUGCCAGGUCCAGAAAGACGAGGUCACCAUCAAGGUCACGGUCAAGGUCAUGUUCAAGGUCACGCAGCUAUCGAAGGCGCUUAAGUCCGAGCCGAUCACACAGCCAUGGUCGUGAUUACAGCCGAAGUCAGAGCCGAGGCUCCAGGAGGAGAGAAUCUCGCAGCCCUUCCAUUCGACGGCGACCAGGCUCACCAAGCCAUCUUGAUAAACGAAGAAUCACGAGACACAACUGAAAUUGUUCAAAGGGUGUUGACCCCAUCACGCCCAGAAGAAGUUUCGGUUUGAAAAUAUUUUCAUUUCAGAAGUUUUACACCACCAAGCUGACCAAGAUUAUAUUUUUACCUCCAUUUGGG